AUGUCGUCGGCAUUGAGCUCGGCCUCAUUCGCCUCGGCCAGUGAAGUCCUGGUCGAGGAGGCUGUUGUGGCACGGAUAUCAUACCAUGUGCUACGUGAAGAGCGGUCCUUUCACAUUGUCAAGAAAAUGAAUCAGAGCGUCGACCCGCAUGGCGAGCACCUUGCGAAACCCGUCGAUCUCAUGCGCUUGGCGCCGCACUCCAGUGACCGCGGUCCGCUCGCGGUCGCCAUCUACCAGAGCCCCGGCAGAACCGACAUGUCCAAGUUCACCGACCUUGGCCCGGCAUUUUAUUUUGCCCGCCGCAUCGGCGACGCAUGGGAAGCGUAUAUCAAGCCUGACAUCAACCUUGGACCACCCAUCAGCCUCGAGCUCUUUUUAGAGUUUGCCAUUGGUGCAACGCAGUGCCUGGAACUGAUCCACCACAGCCAGAAUAUCGUUCAUGGUGAAAUCCGCGGCGACGCCUUCCAUUUCAACCCAGACACCCUCCAGGUCAAGCUGGUGUCCUUCGGCUCUGGCCUGCGGUCCUUUGAGCAUGGCCUGAUGAGCACGGGCUGGGCUACAUUGUCCAAGGAGCUUGGUGCCAAGAAUAAGCUGAUGUAUAUCAGCCCCGAACAGACAGGGCGUAUGCCCGCCGAGCCCGACUCACGGACCGAUAUUUACUCGUUGGGUGUUCUCUUCUGGACGAUGUUGGCACAGCAGCCCGUUUUCGAGGGCGAGCUACCCCUGGACAUUGUCCAGUGUGUCUUGGGGCGGCGCAUUUUGAACGUGUCUACGGUCCGCCUCGACGUGCCCGACGCCAUUGGCCGCAUUAUCCAGAAGUGCACCGCCAAGAACAUUCAUGAUCGGUACCACUCGGCGAGUGGUUUGCGCCACGACCUGGUCGACGUGCGCAACUUCCUUGCCAACGGCGACCUGGCCUCCUUGAAGGACUGGCAAGUUGCUUCGCGGGACGUCUCCUCGUCUUUCAUGCUCCCCACAGACAUGAUUGGCCGUGAGGAGCCGCGAGAGCAGCUGCUCACGGUCAUUGAGCGUGUGGCAAAGAGUCAUGCCACCAGCCACAAGGGCGGCGGGAGCCGCAUGUCGGACGGCUCUAGCCUCUCGACGGCCGAUUACCCUGACGUGGCCGAUGGAUCAAGCGAAGGCGGCGGUAGCUCCCUGGAUGGUACGAAUGCACGGAGCGGUUCGUUUACCCACACGGUGGCGUCCGAUCCGAGGGCCUUUCGAGGUAGUUUCCACCCGUCCUUCCAGUCGGCCCAGUCGGCAGACUCGUACACCGUGUCGGUCGACGCCGUGAAUUCCAAUCACUCGAACCCACCCGCUGCCCGUCUGCCACAACGAUCCUGGGACCGCAACCAGUCCGUCUCUUUUGACGCCAAAGGCCCCUUGGACAGCAUCCUUGCUGAACGGGAGGGCUCCGCACGCCAUACUGGCGGCUCCCUGACGGCUGACUCGGGCAGCCUAUCGCGCCAGCUGGGUUCCGCCAAGUUCCGCCGCCGCGGACACUGUGAGAUUGUCACAAUCGAAGGUGCAGCGGGACUCGGCAAGAGCUGCCUGGUUCAGUCUGUACUUAACGACACAAGACGACGUGGCUAUUGCGCGACGGCCAAAUUUGACAAGGCCGGGAAGACGGCGUUCGGACCACUGCUUGGCCUGUUGUCGUCGCUUUUCCGCCAGGUGUGGGGCGAGCGGAACACGGAUACGCCUUUCCACCAGUCGCUGAAGCAAUACGUGCGGCCGCUCUGGCCCAUGUUGCACCAGCUCCUCGGUCUCCCCGAGUUUUUGUUCAAUACACCCGAUGGGAGUCAACAGCCCCCAUCACGGAUGUCCAGUCCUCAUUUGUCGACCAGCAUCCAAGGGAGGCAUCCGCGCGCGGCUGACCUCCGCCGCCGUGGCUCGUCGCCUGGGUCUUCGGUAUCGUCAAACUUCAGCCCCGUGAAGAACAGCUCGGCGCCGAGUAGUAUACGGUCGUCGAAUCCAGCAAGCCAAGAUUUUCUCCGCGCCGGUGCGGCAACCAAGUCCAUCCGCCUUAUGAACACGGUCCUUGAUGUUCUGCGCAUGUUUACCAGCCACAAGUUUGUCUGCUUUUGCCUCGACGAUCUGCACUUUGCAGACGACGAAUCUCUCGACUUAAUCACCCAGAUCAUUGGUGCUCGCUUGCGGAUGGUCAUUAUCAUUACCUACCGCCCCGAAGAGAUCUCUCCCGAGAAAGUGCUGCGCAUUCUCAAGUCACCGGACCCGGAUGACGUCCAAAAGAAAGGCGGUCAUACCAUUACCAGAAUCCAGCUCCGCCCUCUGAACGAAGAGGACAUCAUUCGAUACGUGUCCUUGACGCUGAGCCGGCCAGAAGCCGAAGUCAUAGCCCUGGCGGUCGUGCUGCAGGCCAAAACGGCUGGCAAUCCGUUUUUCAUGAGAGAAAUGCUGAGCGCCUGCUACCGAAAAAAGUGCAUCAGUUACGACUAUCACGACAGCGUCUGGCGAUUUGAUAUGAACCGCGUAUUUGAGCAGUUCCAAGGUGACAGUGAUUAUGACCUUCUGAACACCGAUUUCGUCACCAGCCGUCUGAUGGAGCUGCCGCCGGCGUCGCGCACUAUCCUGGGCUGGGCCGCUCUUAUUGGGAGCUCUUUCUCGUUUGACUUAAUCUGCCACCUCCUCAGCGGAGAAUUUCUUUUUACCGACCAUACUUGUCCGGGCCCUCUUGGCCAGCAUACCCACGAGACCUUCUCACAGGACGACGCGGUUCAGGGCUUGCAGACGGCCAUUCAAUCCUACAUCCUCACCUCGAGCGAAACAGACGACGGUUUUCGCUUUGCCCACGACCGAUAUGUCGUGGCAUCGGCCGAGCUCGCCGUCUGCACCCCUCGCAAAAUGCACUAUGUCAUUGCACGAACACUUGUUGAAUACUAUAGCGACGACCUGCGGAUGUGGGACACGACGGCUGCCCACAUUUGCGACUCGGUCGAGCUCAUCAAGGAGCGUGUCACGAAUCGGGAGCCGUAUCGCAAGUUGCUCUUUGAUUGUGGUCGCAUCGCCACGGAGAACGGAGCACGCCCGGCCGCCGCCAAGUAUUACAGCAACGCCAUCGCCCUUCUCCAAGACGAACCGUGGGAGGAUGAUGGCAUGGAUGCCACAUACAAUGAGACGCUCCAGCUGUACCUCCGUGCCGCAGAGUGCUACCUGUACGUCGGCCAUCAAUCAUUGGCAAACGGCAUCCUCGACACCAUCUACAGAUGUGCAAAAGUCGCAAUCGACAAGGCGCCGGCCUGGAUUAUCCAAUCCCGCAUUGAUGCACAGGCGGGGAAGCAAACCGAAGCGCUCGAACGUCUCAAGGGCUGCCUCAAAGAACUUGGCGUCUCCGUCACGGACAAGCCUACCCACGAGCAGUGCGACGGCGAUUUCCAAAAGCUCACGGCACGCAUCAAGGACACAGACGGCCUCGACCUGCAAAGCUCGCCAAACUCGGACGACCCGGUUUUGGCUUCCAUCGGAGCCGUUCUGGCCGAGGCAGCGAGCAUAAGCUGGUGGAGCGACGAUGUCUAUUUCUACCAUCUGUCGAUCGUCAUGGUGAAUUUGCAUCUCGACUCUGGCGCAUAUCCGCAGUCGGGCAUCGGUUUUGUCCACUUGGCCGUCGUCGCCAUCGCUCGAUUCAAUCACAUGCAGCUCGGCGCUGACCUUGGCUCCACGGGCCUCGAGCUUCUGGAUCGGUUCCGCGAUCCCUUCACCAUGGCACGCGGCUACAUGAUCUAUGCGACCUUUGUAGGCCACAUUCAGUAUCCCUUGUCUGUGGCCGUCAUCCAGCUGGAAGGAUCCAUGGAGUAUGGUGCAUCGGCCGGCGACCGUGUCACUGCCAUCCUCGGAUUUGGUCUGACCGCCUUGAUGCGGUUCUAUUCCAGCGAGGGGUGCUCCGAUCUCGAGGCGUUCUGCCAGUACUGCUCCGAGGAGGUCCCGAACUGGCAAGAGGAUCCUCAGGGCGGCACGCUCUUGAUCGCCAUCGGCCAAGUCAGUCGCGCCCUUCAGGGCAAGACGCAUGUCUCGAACCCACUCGAGAUCAUGAACGAUGACCGGCACAGUGCAGAAGAGUACAAAGAGUGGCUGCAUGCAUGCUCAACCAAUGUGGAUCGGUCGCUGCUGCUGUACGAGACGCUGGAAAUUGUUCCCCUGUAUCUGUACGGCCACUACGAUCGUGUCAUUCAGUUGGGUGAGCGAUGCAUGGAGCGGCGGCAUUUGAUUCUGUCGUCGAGAAACACGCGCCUUCUCAUGCUGUUUUACGGCUUGGCUCUGGCGGGCAUGGAGUUUCGCCAGCGAGACUACCCGCAACCCGAUGACGCGGAAAGCGGCAACUUGCGAGCCAGAGUCCUCGAGACGACUGUUUCCAAAAUCAAGGAGCUCAGCCAGUCUGUUCGCGACUGGUCCGCCGUCUCUGACAUCAACUACUUCACAUGGUACACGCUUCUCGAUGCGCAGGUCUCUGAGCUGACCGGCGACUGUGGGCAUGCCCUCCAUCAGUACGAGGAGGCCUUGGACCAUGCCGCCGAGCACGACUUCAUCUUUGAGGAGGCUUUGGGCAACUAUCUGAUGGCGGGUAUUUUUAUUCGAAAACGCGCCCGGCGUUCGGCCCGCUCCGCCCUGCGUGAUGCAGUUGGCCUGUACCGGCAGCUUGCCGCGGUCGGUGUCGCCGAUCGCAUUGAAGAAGAGCACAGCCUUCUCCUGCGUGGGCCGACGCGAAACCUGCGCACGCAAGAUGCGGGCAUUCAGACCGACUUUGCCGCCGAUACGACCACGGUCCAAUACCAUGCUAUCGAACACGACGAAGGCCAGGCCGCCGGCGACAGCAUGACCGGCGGCGGCGAAACGAGCAUGGCCGACCUGAGGGGCGAGCGCAUUGGCGUCUGGCGCGGUGUGAUGCAGGCCGAAGCGGAGGCGGGGGCAGCGGGGGCCGCUGGUCUCCCGGCCCUGGACAUGAUUGACUUGCACGCCAUCCUGCAGUCGUCUCAGGUCAUCUCGUCGGAGCUCCGCGUCGACGAGCUGCUCAAGACCAUGUGUGAUGUGAUUUUGCAGACGUGCGGCGGCUCGGCGACGCAAGCCGCCAUUGUCGUGCAGGACGAAGACGGCUCGUCCUCGGACUGGUGUGUUGCCGCAAGCGGUGAGCCAGACAAGGGAGCCGUCUCGCAUCGGCCUGGCGUGCCUCUCAAGGGCACGUGCAUCGUUGCCGAAAACGUGGUUCUCUAUAGCAUGCGGUUCCGUGAAUCUGUGUUCGUGCCCGAUUUGAUUAGUGACGAGCGGUUCGGCAACGUGAGCGACAGCUGGAUCCAAAGGAACCCGCACAGCAAGUCGGUCAUUUCCAUCCCGAUCUGCCACGCCUCGAAUCCCCUCCUUGGCGUGCUGUACUUGGAGGGUCUGCCUGGCGCGGUCACGGACAGGAACGUGAUUGUCCUGCAGCUCUUGGUCAACCAGAUUGGCAUCAGCUACUCCAAUGCCUUGGCCAUCAAGGCGAUCGAGAAGGUGUCCGCCGAAAACCGGUCCAUGGUGACGAUGCAAAAGACGGCAUUGCGCAAAGCCAUUGAGGCCGAGAACAAGGCCAAGGCCGCCGAGAAGGAAGCCAAGCGCAAUCUCUUGCUCGCCGAGGCCGCCGAAGCCGAAGCGAACCGCAACGUCAAGCUCGCCGAGGAGGCAACCAAGGCCAAAUCCAUAUUCCUUGCCAACGUGUCGCACGAGCUGCGCACGCCGCUCAAUGGCGUCAUUGGCAACUCGGAGCUGCUGAGAGACAGCAAGUUGACGCCCGAGCAGCAAGAGAUGGCCGAAGCCAUCCGUCUGUCUGCCGACCUGCUCCUUAUUGUGAUCAACGACAUCCUCGACUUCUCACGGAUGGAGGCCGACAAAAUGAAGCUGUACAUCACGGCCUUCAACCCCAAGGAACUCGUGCCGGAAGUCGUCCGCGCGGCCUCGUACCGCAACCAGGGCAAGACAAAGGCAGGCGUGGUCAAAAUCAUCAAACAAAUCAACCUUCCGCCGAAUCUCUUUUGUUUUGGCGAUCCGGUGCGACUGCACCAGGUGCUCGGCAACCUCAUUGGCAACAGCAUCAAAUUCACGGAGCGCGGCACAAUUACCGUUGGCGCGCGGGUCGAGUCCGAAACCGAGGGUACGGUUACGUUGACCUUCUGGGUCGAAGACACCGGCAUCGGUAUCCCGCCCGAGCAACUCGCCAAGCUCUUCCAGCCUUUCAGCCAGGCCGAUGCAAGCACAGCGCGCAAGUACGGCGGCAGCGGCCUGGGUCUCAGCAUCUGCAAGUCACUCAUCGAGACGAUCAUGAAAGGCAAGAUCUACCUCGAGAGUGUCGAAAAUGUCGGCACACGGGCGUGGUUCACGGUGACCUUUGACAAGGCUACCGGAAAUGCCACUGCUGGCGACAUCCCGGCGACUGUGCCAGCCUCGUCUCCUCUCGGCGACGACAACUCCUCUAGCCCCAUUGCGUCUUCGUUCAACCUGGAGUCGGCCCUGUCGAACCCGGGAUUUCAGAGAUCGUCCCAACACUCGCAUCCGCUCUCGCUCCGUACGUCCAUCCCGACGGCGUCCCCGGACGAAGGGGUGGUGUCGACCAAUCCGUACAUGGACCUCAGCCAAAUAGACCAAGACAAGCUGCGUGUGUGCAUCGCCGAAGACAAUCCCAUCAACCGCAAGAUCGCGAUCCAAUACGUGCAGCGGCUUGGUUACGAGACGGCCGAUGCAUACGACAACGGCCAGAAGGCGGUGGACGCCCUGCGGGAAAAGGCCAAGGAGGGUGUGCCGUACCACAUCGUACUAAUGGAUGUUCAAAUGCCUGUCCUGGACGGCUACGAGGCCACCAAGUUGCUGCGUCGGGACCCGAUUAAGGAGGUGCGUGAAGUCCUGGUCAUCGCCAUGACCGCGUCAGCCAUCCAGGGCGACCGUGAAAAGUGCUUGGCCGCCGGCAUGAACGACUACCUUGCGAAGCCUGUCAAGUCCGAGGUCCUGAAGAGCAAGCUGGAUGCGUACAUAUCAACGCCUCCCGGCAGCAACCCGCACCCGACCAAGGACACAUCGACCCCAGCUCCACACAACGUUCGCUACGGCGGCACCGUCCCCAGCCGCUCCGCCAGCGCUGCCUCCGGUUCUACCGUGGAGCAGCGACCGGCGACCCUUCACGCGAUGCAGGUCGACGCAAAUGCCCAGCCGGGGCCAAGCGUCCCCUCGAACGUACCGGACACGUCCAGCACGAGACGGCAGCCGAAGAAGCUGACCAAGGCGCGGGCCAAUAGCGACGCCAAUGUCGCCAAUGUCGCCAAUGUCGCCAAUGCCGCCCAUGCCGCCACGCUCAACACGGAACCACCACCUCCUCCUCCACGCUCUGAUUCUCCCAACCUCCCGACCAACCAAGAUCGGCCCAAGAUUGCCCCCGCUGUCUUGAAAAAGAAGACUCUUUCCAAACGUCAUGGUGGUCGGCACAGCCCAGAGACCUUGGAGGGAGGGGGCAGCGCAGAGGGGAACAAUGGCGACAACGGCUACCAUGAAGGCAGCCGCUAUGCUUCUGCCGCUGCUAGCAAUGGAACCAGCAGCGGAACUGCCCCGCCUCCGCCGGCGCCUUAA